AUGUCCAUGAAUGGGAAGGUCGUUAAAAUCACCAACUACGAAAACAGCACCCAGCGCUAUAUCGUGAAGCUGCCGGACGGCUCCGCGCGCAAAGUUGAGGCAUCCAAGCUGCAGUGGACCGACGAGGCACCACGUCCGCGACUGACUGUGUGCAAUGCCUACAAGCAUCACCAGCAGUUGAAGGUGGUCUUGAACAGCGAGACUGGUGAUUCAAAGGUGCUGUCUAUGUUGGACUUCAAAAACUGCGAAGACUUCGAGGAGCUGUCCUUCGACAAGGGCAGCGUGUUGUUGCUGUUGGGCUCGCUGCAGGUUGCCAAAGUGCCCUUCGAUCUCAGCGUGCUUGGAAAGAACCGCGGGACAGAGCUGACGGCCAUGGGUGCCAUGGGUCGAGUUGCUCCAUCUUCAGAAAAUGCCGGAGGUUCGUCAAGCUUUAUCACAUCAGACCGUGGCAAAUUUCAGCCUGCAUGCCAGGUGCGGGUGCUCCAAAACAUCGUUGAGUUGGAUGACGGAGGGGCCUACUAUGUGCAUCUGGUCAACGCUCACGUCGGAUCAAGGUCGGUGCAACUUGCCGUUCAGCGUGGGCCUGUCACCAAGGUCUUGCCCAUGGACAAGUCGUACCGCCUGGAGCGUGUUGAAGAUAUGUCCUUAACACUAACCGACGGCCAGAGACGCAUGCGUCUGGCAUUCAAGCCGCAGAAGUCGCGCACAUACUGUGCUAUUCUGACAGGCAGGCUGGCAACACAUCUCUUUCCUACUUGA